UAGGACGGUUCUAUUUACGUUUUCUUUCCAUUCAGUACAGCAAAAUACGCGACCAGCACACACAUCUACAUCCCUUCGUAACGCUCAGUAACGGCAGCAGCAGUACGAAUCGGUACAAUAAUAAUUCCGGAAAGGGUCGCGUUGAUUGACGUGUGUUGUUUACUGUUUACGGAACAACGGGCUGGCAAGCUGACUGAUUGGUUAACAGCGUCUCGUAACCUGGCUGGUUUGUGCAGUAGCAUCCCCCUAUCAGUCCCGGACACCACGGACAGUUUGGAUGCGGUUGUUGCUGAAAAUAUUCCGCACCAUCAGCAACUUGUUCAUCAAGCCAAUCUAAGCACCCACAAUCUAGGCAAAGGUUAUUGGAUGCGUGUAGCACCGACCCGUUAACCGCUAAAAAGGAACUUGAACGUACGAGGACACCGUACCACACAGUCCUGCCCGGAGGUAAUCUGUUUGGCUGUAUUGCUCAUAUGUGUGUGUGUGUGCGUGUAUGUGUGACCGCUGAUAACAACGCAGCAACGUGUAUCGCGCACUACAUAUUAGAGUGUGUCAAGUGGCCGGUAUUGAUAGCAGCAUCCAAAGUAGCGCGCGGAAUUCCACAACCAUUCUUCCUUUUUUUUAAUUAAGAAGAGCGUUCCUCUUACACGAACUGGUACACUGUCGCUUUUUUAAAGAUCCAAUCGGUGGCAGGAACUGAACUGCUGAAGGACGUCACCAUCAAACCUGCGCCGGUACAUACAGGAAACAGGUUUAUUUUACCCAAUCCACCUGUUCUAGAUUGUGGCAAAAUAUCGCAGAGGAUUGAGUUUUGCUCGAUGCAUCGAGCAGAACGCCAGCCCGAACGUUCACGUCCAGCCGGGAAUAUGCACCAUUCCAUCCCGACGAUGCUGUGAAGCUGCUAUCUGUUCAAAAUAUAUUUUUUACCUAGGAGACCUUGUUUUUGGAGUUUUGUAUUAUUUGUUUGUUUUGUGUGUUAUAGUUUUACUUUUGCAUGCGUGCCACUACGCUCAGUGGCGAACUGCUUCCCGCCCGUCAACACGCUGGCAGCAACCCUUGGGCAGCAACGGAUGCGGUGCGAGACAUGUCAACGAACAAUCGACAAGCAUCGGAAGCGGUACCAGUUCGGCCCAGUAAUCUUAACAACCGGGAUGUAGUGCUGACCAGUUUGGUUGCCGGUGCAACGGCGGGUGCGCUGGCAAAAACCACUAUAGCACCGCUCGACCGUACUAAGAUUAACUUUCAAAUCAACAAAGACGUCCCAUACACGUUCCGGGCAGCGCUUGGGUUCCUGCGAAAUACGUACGUCCGCGAAGGCUUUCUGGCACUGUGGCGCGGUAACUCAGCCACCAUGGCACGCAUCAUACCGUACUCGGCUAUCCAGUUUACGGCCCACGAGCAAUGGAAGAAGAUACUGCAGGUCGAUCUUCACAGAGACACGGAGGUACGCCGUUUCAUGGCCGGUUCGCUAGCAGGCAUCACAUCUCAGUCGCUGACGUAUCCACUCGAUCUGGCCCGUGCCCGAAUGGCCGUGACGGACAAAUACUCCGGCUACAAGACGCUUCGGGAAGUGUUUGUAAAGAUCUGGCAGUGUGAGGGUCCGCGAACGUUAUACCGUGGCUAUUGGGCAACCAUACUCGGUGUCAUACCGUACGCCGGUACAUCGUUUUUCACGUACGACACACUCAAGAACGAAUACUACAAAAGGACGGGAGAUAAAUCUCCCAACACUGUGAUAUCGCUCACGUUCGGUGCGGUAGCGGGCGUCAUUGGUCAAUCGUCUAGCUAUCCCCUAGACAUCGUGAGACGGCGUAUGCAAACCACCGGUGUGACGGCUCAGUGUGCCGAUCAGUACCUUACCAUCGGCCGGACGCUGAUCAAAAUAUACAGGGAAGAAGGACUUAUCGGCGGCUUUUACAAGGGCUUGAGUAUGAACUGGAUCAAAGGUCCGAUAGCAGUGGGCAUCAGCUUUGCAACGUACGAUCACAUCAAGCAUCUUCUACGGGAGAUCAUACACAUCAGGGACAGCGACCGGUCGCGGUAAUGUCCUUUUUCUACGGCAAAUCCCGCAUACCCCACCCAUCCGUAACGUACGCCGCACUACCUUGUGUUUUCGGGCGCUAGGGCGGUGGAAUCCGAUACUCUUCGAAUUAGCAUUCGAAUAUUCUACGAUAGAAAGCAUUGAAAACAAACCUUAAAAAGGCUGCACGACAAUAACACCGAAUAUUCCUACCGCCACAGUCGCCAGCGCGCAUGUAUGAGUGCGCGUGUAAGUGCGUAUGUACGUCCUUAUAAGCUAGCGAACGGGUGUACGAAUCGUCAAUCGGAUAAGUGCCAUUAGCUGGUGUUGCCUUUCGCUCCACUAUUUUACAAAGCGAAACGGUACAACGGGCCACCGUUUUGUUUCCCAGACCAGCACACUACGAAACCAUUGCACAAAGCAUGAACUAGUUUAGCGUAACGAAUCUAUAUGUUAUUUAGUCAUUUUCCCGUAGGGCGGCGUUUUUGGUGCAACCACUUUCGGAUUCCGCAAGCCAAUUGGCUUAAAGCUUAAAAGAAAAAAAAAAACAAACAAAGGAAACCAACAGGAAAAGCUGCCAUCCUACGCCCUCUCCCCGUCGUGUAUUGGUUUAGAAUCAUCACGCGGGCAAAAUUAAACGGCAGAGAGAUUCGAAAGCAUUUUCGUUCCAAGGAGUGUCUCUUUCAAAAAGAUGAUACGAAAAUCAAAUUAGCAGUCCGCCAUGAUGCCUUAGUGCUGCACCGGCCUUUAUUGAACGGAGUGAGAUAAGGGUUUUAAAACAAAAUCCACUAGUUGUUAAAAUUAUGUUGAAUGGAAAGGCGUUGUUAAAAACGCCUCGGUGGUUGUUUCCCCUAUUUCCAUUACCAUUGGGCUACAGAUACGAUCAAUAAAGCACAAAACCCUGGAUCCACGUUAAA